AUGGCCCCCAACGCAGACGAUGCCAAAUUUCUCAACGACGAGCCCGUCAGCUCCAACGUCAAGGAUGUCAAGCCCCUUCCGUCGGAUGUCCCCGAAGAGGACAUAGAUGAGACAGUUCACAACAACCCGGAACUGCAGGAAGACAUGGUUGAUGGCAUUGACAAGUCCAACAUCAUCAAAGAAACUACACGAGGAGCUCGACCCGAGGGAGGAUCGUACAAGGAACCAAGUGAUGACAUCAUCACUCGCCAUGAUCCCCAGGUUAUUGCUGUACUGAAGCGAGAUACACAGCCAACAUGGGAGGAGAGGAGUCACUUGGUCCCCUAUCCACCUCAUAGCACCAUGUGGAUGCAAGGCGACGACGUCGCCUGGGAAGAAAGCGACCGUACCGAGAGAGAGUGGCGCGAGAGUCUCUUGACGAAUUCGACCCUGCUGGCUAUUGGAAACUUCGUCGCGAAGCACCGCCAGGGCGUCCCCGAGGAAAUUGGCCCUCUAGCAGCGGGCGGAUUCAACGCCCUGUUUCGCUUAAAUCACUAUAUCCACCACGCCAUGAAUAUGACUGCGGCACUCAACACACCGGGAUUAACUUCUGAUAUACCACCAGUUGUAGACCCCAAUAUCGACGAAGCAAAGCUCGAAAUGCUGUAUCGCCAGGUUGCAAAUGUCCUCCUUCAGCUGUCCAAGUUGGAGCUUCCUUUAAUAGGGGCUUUAGAAGAGACGGAUGAAUGGACAGGAACUUUCCCGCGAGCGAAACUACCCACGUCUACAUUCAAGACCUCGUCAGACUACUUUCAAGCCCUCGCAAGGCUACAUGUUGAUCACUUAACCCACCAACGGAACGAUGCAAUCGAGUCCAGGGCCGACUGCCAGCGUAAAUAUACAGCGAGACAGCUCUUCCAGAAGCUCGCUGGUGAGAAGAAGCUUGUGUCUGAUGACCGGUAUGACAAAGGGCCCUUCAAGUUCUGGUGCGACGACCUUCGCCCGUCUAAUAUACUGCUUGACGCGAACUUGCAAAUUGUUGCGGUCAUAGACUGGGAGUUUUCGUACGCGGCGCCCAGAGAAUUUACCUUUGCUCCUCCUUGGUGGCUGCUUAUAGAACAGCCAGAAUACUGGGUCAAGGGCUUAGAGGACUGGGCAGAGCAGUAUGAGCGUCGUCUCACUACCUUUUUGAAAGCCGUGAUGGACUGUGAAGAUGCCUCUAUUGCCUCUGGACAGCUGCAAGACGAGCAGCGGCUUUCUGGCAAGAUGCGCGAGAGCUGGGCUAGCGGUGACUUUUGGACAGUCUACGCGGCUCGAAGGAACUUCGCGUUUGACGGUGUAUAUUGGAAGAAAUUGGACCCGCGGUUUUUCGGAUAUGAUGGCAGUUUCGGCCCUGGAGAUGCUUGGAUGAAGAUACUGGAGCUGCUUGAUGAGCAGACCAGGGCGGCUAUGGAGGCUUUUGCAGACAAGAAAGUGGCUGAGAGCGAGACGAGGGAAUUGGCCUGGGAGCCGGACGAGUAG